AAACAUAUUCUUAAUGCUCAGGUUUCAAUUCGAGCACCAUGUUGUAAAAAAUGGUUUGAUUGCCCUGAAUGUCAUGAAGAAAGCUCCGACCAUAAAUUAAGGAAAAUUGUUGAAAUGGUAUUUGCCUGUAAAAAGUGUAAAAAAACGUUUCGAAAGGAUCUAGCUGAAUUUGACGACCAAGAUGAAUACUGUCCUCACUGUGAUAACCACUAUAUUGUUGAUGCCAAAAUGCCAACCAUGGUAAGUUGA